GCUGCCUCUUCCGCCAGCGCCUUAGGCCCCAACCCAGGCCUUUACCUCAUUCGCCUGUCUGCAAAACAACCACCUAGAAUAACAACCUGCUGCUGCCUGGACCGCUUCUCCUCUCAUCUCCCUGGCAAGUCACGGAGGACGGCACAAAUGAAUGACACAUCUUCAGACUGAGGAUGUCCUUAGUUGCUAAGAAGUGUGGCAUCCAGUUGCAGCCUCCCUCCAUUGUUCUGAUCUAUGAAGAUCGGCUCAAGAACAGCGUGCGCAAGCGCAUCAUGCCGGUUCGGAAUUUCUCCAAGUUUUCAGAUUGCAGCAGGGCAGCAGAACAGUUAAAGAAUAACCCUCGACACAAGGCUUAUUUGGAAGGAGUCUCCCUGGAACAGCUACAAAGGUUAUACCGUUUAUUGAGAUGCCACCUGGAGGGACAAAGUCUGACUCAGAGUUUGGAGCAAAUUAAGAAAGAAGAAACAGUUGAUCCAGAAGAAGACCUGAACAAACUGGAUGACAAAGAGUUAGCUAAAAGGAAAAAAAUCAUGGAUGAGUUGUUUGAAAAGAAUAGGAAAAAGAAAGAUGAUCCUGAUUUUGUCUACAAUGUUGAAGUGGCAUUCCCGCAGGAUGAGGAGCUUGAAGCCUGUGAGUGGGACACAGAAACAGAUGAGGAGUUUUGAUCCAGAAACAAGUUCUGGGUUUAUGAUGUCUGGUCACACUGGGAGUGGCUGGUUACUUGUCAAGGGGGACAGGGACGGCCCCUUGUAUUUAAACAACAGAAACUUGAAUGAUCUUGCAAAUCACUGUUGUCAUUUACCCUGUCAAAUUAAAUAAAAGCUUUUGCUUUUCUGGGUUUUUAAAAAAAUGUUUAUAACUUGAUAUUUCAAAACAACUAGACCCAAUCAUUUUUAUCAGUUUUAGGCUAGUUCUUUCCUUCAACACCACUAGCCCUAAAUAAAGAAUUAGCCCAUCUCAACAAAAUUUCAGUGAGUGCCAAUAUCAGGUUUAAAAAAAUCCUUAAUAGACUAAUACUAGUAUUCUGUUGGUGAUGUGUCAGUCACACUACAUAUAUAGGCCAAAUUAUUCACUAUAGCGGAACAGACACAUCCCACUGACAAAGGCAGAAGCAGGAUUACACAUUCAGCUAUGUUAUGCAUUGCAGUUAUGUUUUGUGCAUUGUGCUUAUGCAUUGUACAUUGCACACAGUCAUUGACAUGUGUUGUACAAUGUUGUUAUUCUCCAUGAGGGUUGCUUAGGGCUGGUGCAGAGUAUCUCUGCAUGCAAACAUUUACUCAGUGCUGAGAGGAUGCUGAAGGGCAGUGUUACUGUACAAAUAGUCUGAUUUAUUAUUUCACCCUACAGCUUGAUCAGUUAGCUAGGACAGCAGAGAUUUUUUAGCUGAACCACCUUGUUUUAUAUGCUGCUUCUUUUUCUUUUUCUUUUUUUAAAAAUCCAUCUUAUUUAUAAUAUAUCAUGGGCAAGAUUCAAUUUCUCAUGCACUUGUGCAAUGGUAUUUAUUUCUCUUCUCUGCAGCUCUUGUACCCCUCAAAAUGAGUCUCCUAGCCUCUGGUGCAGAUUUUGAGGGCACACUGUAAGAGAAUAUAAUUGGAUUUCACCUGAUCCUUUUUUACAUUAUUGCCUUCUUCAUGAGGGAGGACUCAACAUUAUAAUGAAAACUUUGUUGGAAACAUUUGUAAAAGGAAGGAUCUACAACCCUGCAAAAAUGUGAUGUCCAUGUAUCAUGCCUCAGGUCUAGAAGGAUGUUAGCAAAAAAUAAAAUUAAGAUUGGGAAACAUAAUAAUCAUGUAUUAUUUCACUUUUGAAGGGUGACAUGUACUACUAAGUGCAUUGCUCAUCACAAGAGGAAAUAACAUAAUCAACCAAAUGCCUUGUGUUCCAAAGUACAUAUGCACCUCCUAAAUAACAUGGAUUUGUGAAGAACUAAGAACAAUUGUGGUAGAAAUGAACUCUUUCUUGAAAGUGGUUCUUUCUUUUCCUUACAGUCUUUUCAGGAAUACUGUAACAACAUUUCACCACAAGAAAAAAGAGUUGGGGGACAUGACAUUAGGGAAGCAGAAACUUAUGAAAGUUUCCUAAGAUCAUUUCCAUCUUUGUUGAUAUCACUUUGGUAUUCCAGGAACAGAUGUUAUUCAUCCAAACAAUUCAUGCUCCUCAGCAAGUAAGAGGAGCCUGAGUGCUAGCAGCCCCCUGUACUGACAAAAGAAAAGUAAGCUUCAACCUACAGUACACAUUUUUCCAAUAUGCACAUCUUAGGGCAGGUUGCUCUCUAGUGUUCUGUUCUACAGGAACACAUGUAUAAAAAUCUUGAGGAAAGAGGCAGUACCUGCCCUCCAAUAAAUUCCUGCAAAGCUUUGAAGUCUCUAUUAUGUGUAGAAAGCCUAAUUAGCAAUGUACAGUAAAAUCCCACACACACAGAGUUCUUAGCCCAUUUCUGUCUCUUGAAGACAAGGGGACAGUUCCUCUUGACCCCUUUAAAGAUCCUGGGGUGUAGUUAAAGAAGUGAGCUACAAGGAUAUAUGAAGACACUGAUUUUAUCAAUAUAUCACUAAAUGGAUCCAUCCAAUAUACCAUAUGAGCAAUAAUGUAUGGAUAAUUAAAAUACAAAUUCAAGAAUAUUUAACAUUUGGUCUCCAGAGGGCAAUGUUAUAAAGGUUGAAAAUGUAUACAAGUCAGGUUUUGUAAAUUUCUGUAAUUUGGUGAAAUCUUACAUUAAUCAUCAAAACUACCGGUAUAUCUGCGUGCAGAGCAGAUUGGAAAUAAGAUACUAAAGUGUUAUUAUAUGUUGUACAGACUCUGGUCAUCUAAAUAAACAUGAGAAGUGGAUAAA